AUACAUGCACAACAAACGGAAACGGUAACGGGAACGAAAACGGACGAGUUGGCCAAGAUUCAACUUUCCCGUUCCGUCGCCUUCUCGGAGCCAAUCAGAAUGCUCAGAAUCAGGACAUGCGCAUUACAGUAUUAACCUAAAAACUGAGUUUUGUUUAUUUUGGUCUUUGUUUGGAGUAGUAACGCUAACGCUACGAUUUCAUUAUGAAUGACGAAUUAUUGAUUCAAUUAGUGGAAAAGUGCACAUUUACAAUAAAACGUUGAAGGAAUACAAAGAUGAUAAAAUGAAAGAGAAUAAUUGGCUAUCAAUAGCAGAGUUUCUCGAUUCGGAACCAGCCAUAGUGAAAAAGAGGUGGGACAACCUGAGAGACAGGUUUGUUCGAGCCUAUAGACAAUACAAUACUGUGCUUCCUUCAGGUUCAGGUGGAGGAACACAAAAACAACCGGACUUCCCAUACUUUGAAAUAAUGAUGUGGUUAAUACCAUUCACCAGGAAGAGAAAGCUGAUAUCCUCGACUGCCCCAGAAAGUGCUUCAAAAGUGCCAUACAUUGAGGAGGUUGAGUCUGAACCAUUACUAGAUGAUUAUGUUGUGGGAUCAGAUGGUGUAUUGUCACCUGAGCCUACCCAGUCUAGACCUACCAGCUCACAUUCAUCCAGACCUGGUAGUGCAUGUGGACACAAAAAGAGCAUCCAGGAGUCAAUGGCCACAGCUUUACAAAAUUUUUCAAAAAUAUGUGAGAAAAGAUUUGGUGAAAAUGCUGAAAACAGUGACACACAUUUUAUGACGUCCAUUCUCGAUGACAUGCAACAUCUGCCACUGAAGAAAAAAAUUAAAUUUAAAAAAGAAGUCAUGGAGUUACUAGUUAAAUACAAAAAUGUAUACUUGCUACUUUUAUUUAUAAAAAUUGAUACUAAAAAAUACUACUAUAUUUUUAAUUUCCAUACAAUAGACAGUAUGCUAGCAUAUUUCAAAAUCUUCCUCUGUUAA